GUGGAGCUGUGUGCGCCUGAGCUCCGUAACGUCAGCGCGCUGAGUGGGGGCUGGCUCUGUCGCUGUGGCUGAGGGCGGAAGAAGGUCGAGGGAUGCAUUUGUGCCAAGAAAAAAAGAGCCUGUCGCUAUACUCUAACUCGGUGCAGUGAACAGAUUACAGCUUUUCAGGACAUUCAAGAUGCUUCUUAUUGCUGCCUUUAUCUUUGGGGUCCUGACUGUGUGGCUGUUGGUGUUGCUCUGCUGCGAUAUCUGCAACAGGUCAAAGGGUCAAAAGAGAUCGUUCUUCAGCCUUCUGAGCCACUACCUGAUUCACAGGGCUGCAAGUAUCCAGAGCCUUUGGCAGCAACGGAGACUUGAACAGGACAGCAAAAAUAUUUUGCAAGUGCAGCAAAGCAUUCUUCAGCACAGGAUCCACAGGAACAGAAAUACUGAGUAUGGCAAGUUGUACCAAUUCUCUGAAAUCACGGAUCGUGAGACCUUUCGCAAUCUUCACCCACUGACACGUUAUGAUCAUUUUAAAGAAUACAUCGAGCGGAUUAGCAAAGGGGAAGAAAACGUGUUGAUUUCAGAGAGGCCAAGUAGUCUCUCUAGGACAUCAGGAACAUUAGGCUCUUAUGCCACAUUGCUGAACACAAGGGAGACAAUGAAGGAUUUACAGCAGGCCUUUGGAGUGGUCUUUCAUUCAAUACUUGAUGUCUACCCACGGACUAGAAAUUUACAGCGGACUGCAGCUUUUUAUUAUCCUCCUAACAGGAGUAAUUCAGAAUCGGGAAUUCCAGUUGUCUCCAAUUUCCCCUCUCCCAUGACUUCCACCCUCAAGUUGACAAUGUAUUCCACGCCAGCUGCUGGAUUUGAAAUUGCAACUGAACCUGAAGCAUUGUACAUUCACCUACUUUUCGCCCUGAAAGACAGAACAUUGGGAAUGCUGGAGGCUAACUUUGCUUCCACAGUGUAUCACACUUUUGCUUUGUUGCAGAACAAGUGGGAGCAACUGAUUGAGGACAUUAGGUUAGGUCAAGUCAACCCCAAACUGAAGAUUACCAAUGAUAUUCGCCUGAAGCUCGAGGCUCAGUUGAAGCCUGAUCCUCAAAGAGCCUCCGAGUUGGCUGCAGAGUUUGAAGUUGGAUUUCUUGGGAUUGCCAGUCGAGUGUGGCCCCACCUCAACUUGGUGCUUUCUGUGGAUUCUGGCUCCAAUGAACUGUAUGGAAAUCACCUGAAACACUUCUAUUGUCGAGGAGUUCCUGUUUACUCUGCCGUUUAUGCAGCCACUGAAGGACUGAUUGGUGUGAACCUGUGGCCAGAGAAAGAGAAACGGCAUUACCUCUUAUGCCCGCACUCGAUGUUUUUUGAAUUUAUUCCUGUUGAUCUCUGCGGUGAAGAGCAGCCACAGACACUGUUUCUGGAUGAAGUGAAGAAAAAUGAAUUGUAUGAAUUGGUAAUCACAAAUGCAGCUGGUUUGUACAGAUAUCGGAUGGGGGAUAUCAUCAAAGUAGUGGGUUUUCACAAUCAGUGCCCAGUCAUUGAAUUUAAAUACAGAUGGGGCCAGUUGUUAAAUGUCAGAGGAGAGAAAAUCCUGGAGGAAGCCUUUUAUCGAACACUACAGCGGGCUGUUAGCCUGUGGCCUGGGGCAGUGCUGCUUGAUUACUGUUGUGUAGAGAGUGGCCUUUUAGGACCAUUUUGUGGCAGCUCAGAUCCUCAUUAUGAGGUUUUUGUUGAAAUAAAAGGUGUCAGAAACUUAUCAGAGGAUCAGCGUUACAAGCUGGAUCAAUGCCUUCAGGAGGAUUCAGAGCUGUACCAGUCAUUUCGACGCAAGGGUAGUAUUGGACCAGUGAGGGUUCAUAUUGUGGCACCCGGCAGCUUCAAAGAGUUGAUGGAUUUUAUCAUUGCAAAUGUAGGUGCUUCCUGCAAUCAGUUCAAUAUGCAUCGCAUUCUGAGGAAAAAAGAAUUUUUAGACUUUAUUCAAAGAAAAGUAAUUUCAUGAAGUCUUUGCUCAUACAUUAUAUUUCUCUUAAAUUUGACAGAUUAUGCAUUUUUCUUCCUGAAUCAUUUCAUUUUUAGGUUAGAUUAGAUUAGAUUACUUACAGUGUGGAAACAGGCCCUUCGGCCCAACAAGUCCACACCGACUCGCCGAAGCGAAACCCACCCAUACCCCUACAUUUACCCCUUACCUAACACUACCGACAAUUUAGCAUCGCCAAUUCACCUGACCCGCACAUCUUUGGACUGUGGGAGGAAACCGGAGCACCCGGAGGAAACCCACGCAGACACGGGGAGAACGUGCAAACUCCACACAGUCUGUCGCCUGAGUCGGGAAAUGAACCCGGGUCUCAGGCGCUGUGAGGCAGCAGUGCUAACCACUGUGCCACCGUUUCUUGGGAUUAAAAACUCCACCUUUGAGUUGCAAAGGGAGAUCACUCCCUGAAUUUUACAAUGUAUUUAGUUCAUGUUUCUUGUAGCAAUUAACCAUUGCAUUGGGCGAUGGUCAAACUGUGCAGAUACAAUAAGCAAGCCUAAUGGAACAAAUAAUUCAGAGUUUUGCCAAUAUUCAUUUAUUUGUAAUACAAUGUGUAAAUAUGUGCAUAUAUCCUCUGCACUGAAAAUAAUGUAUUGGUUCUUCUCAAAAGAACUGAACUUCCUGUGUUUUAGCAUCUUGUGAGAUUGAAACCAAAAGAGAAAAUGCUGGAAAAUCUCAGCAGGUCUGGCAGCAUCUGUAAGGAGAGAAAAGAGCUGACGUUUCGAGUCUAACUGAUCCUUUGUCAAAGUUAAAAGAGAUUGUGAGAUUGAUACUGUUCCCAGGAUGUUGCUGAACUAAACCAUUUUGAGAGAAAUCAAUUAUUACUGUAAAUAAUCCCAAUUUAUUACCUUGUAUAUUUGACAGUGCUUUUAUCUUCUGCAAUAAAACCAUUUUGCU